CAUAGCCACAUUCACUAUCCUAUACUCACUAAGCCAUGGCCAUAGAUACAAGCCUCUUGCUUGAGUUUGCUGCAGCAACUCUGCUCUUCUUCAUCACCCGCUUCUUCAUUCGUUCUCUCCUUCCCAAACCUUCCCGGAAGCUCCCCCCUGGCCCCAAAGGGUGGCCGCUCCUCGGCGCUCUUCCUCUUCUAGGUAACAUGCCUCAUGUUGCAUUAGCAAAGAUGGCCAAAAGAUACGGGCCUGUCAUGUUCUUGAAAAUGGGCACUAACAGCAUGGUGGUGGCCUCAACUCCCCGGGCGGCUCGGGCUUUCCUAAAAACGCUAGACAUUAAUUUCUCUAACCGCCCGCCUAAUGCCGGUGCCACACUCUUGGCCUAUCAUGCCCAAGACAUGGUUUUUGCGGAUUAUGGGGCAAGGUGGAAGCUACUGAGAAAGCUAAGCAACUUACACAUGCUUGGUGGGAAGGCUCUUGAGGACUGGUCUCAGGUCCGAGCUGUUGAGCUAGGCCACAUGCUUCGAGCCAUGCUUGAGUUGAGCCAGCGAGCGGAGCCGGUGGUGGUGCCGGAGAUGUUAACUUUUUCCAUGGCCAACAUGAUAGGUCAAGUGAUUCUAAGCCGCCGGGUGUUUGAAACAAAAGGGUCGGAGUCAAAUGAGUUCAAGGACAUGGUGGUGGAGCUCAUGACCAGUGCUGGGUACUUCAAUAUUGGCGAUUUUAUUCCGUCCAUCGCAUGGCUGGACAUCCAAGGGAUCCAGCGGGGGAUGAAGCAUUUACAUAGGAAGUUCGACCGGUUAUUAACAAAGAUGAUGGAGGAGCACACGGCGUCAGCCCAUGAGCGGAAGGGAAACCCAGAUUUUCUGGACGUAAUCAUGGCAAACCAAGAAAAUUCUACAGGGGAGAAGCUCACUAUUACCAACAUUAAAGCACUCCUCCUGAAUUUAUUUACUGCAGGAACAGACACUUCAUCGAGCGUAAUCGAGUGGUCUCUGGCUGAGAUGUUGAAAAACCCGAGCAUCCUCAAGCGUGCUCACGAAGAAAUGGAUCAAGUGAUUGGAAGGAGCCGGCGGCUCGUGGAGUCUGACUUGCCAAAACUUCCAUACCUACAAGCCAUAUGCAAGGAAAGCUUCCGGAAGCACCCAUCCACCCCAUUGAACCUUCCUCGUGUCUCAACCCAAGCAUGUGAAGUGAACGGCUACUACAUCCCAGAGAACACUAGACUUAGCGUGAACAUAUGGGCAAUUGGGCGAGACCCUGAUGUCUGGGAAAGCCCGGAAGAAUUCAGGCCAGAAAGGUUUUUAAGUGGAAGAAAUGAAAAAAUUGAUCCUCGUGGAAAUGAUUUUGAGUUGAUCCCGUUUGGGGCUGGACGAAGGAUUUGCGCUGGCACUAGAAUGGGAAUAGUGCUGGUUGAGUACAUUUUAGGGACGUUGGUACAUUCAUUUGACUGGAAAAUGCCGGAUGGAGUUGAGAUCAACAUGGACGAAGCUUUCGGGCUUGCACUGCAGAAGGCAGUUUCUCUUUCGGCCAUGGUGACACCAAGGCUUCACCAGAGUGCGUAUGCAGUCUGAGCUCAAACCGCUCAGACCAAAACCCAGGCCUCGCUGCUAUAUGGCAUGGAUGCAGUUAAGUAGAAAAUAUUUUGGGAUGUUGUUUUAGUUUCCUGUGGCUUAGUAUAAGAUGUAUUAGCUCAAAGAUGGUCGUUUCAUUCUACCACCAAGCCAUAUGCAUCUAUGCAUAAUCUAUUGAUUUAGGCUCGAUUUGGUUAUAGUUUUUGUUUUUUUGUCUUCCAAAUCAGUAAAUAGUAGGGGUAUUUUUGUCCUAUGUAGUGAUUGAUUAUAUUUGGAUCCUUCAAAAAUAUAUGGUCAGAGCCAUCUCCAUCUUUUCA